AUGGAUGGUACACUUGGCAGCACGCCAUCUGGUAUCAUGUACGUUCGCGCCCUGUACGACUACGAGGCCGACGACAGAACCAGCUUGAGUUUCCAUGAGGGCGACGUCAUCCAAGUCAUCACACAACUCGAAAGCGGUUGGUGGGACGGCGUAAUCAACGGUGUUCGCGGCUGGUUUCCCAGCAAUUACUGCCAAAUCAUUACUGGCCCUGAAGACCUGGUCGACCAGAACCAGAACGCCCAUCUUGAUCAUGGCGACGAACAACACGAAGAGGCUGACGUCUACGACGAGAGCUUCGAACAGCAGGAAUAUGAAUCUGAAAACGACGCGCCCGGUGCCUUACCGCUUGAGGGAACAGACGUCGGCGACAAGUCUAGAGCCGACUUUUGGAUACCCCAAGCUACCCCCGACGGCCGACUCUUUUAUUACAACAUGAUGACUGGCGAUCGGAGCAUGGAGUUGCCGCUAGAGUCUCCAGGCUCAAUAAACGAAACCGGGCCCAGAGAUCGCAUGAAUGCGUCCAUGCCCGACAAGACGCGCCCCCCUGCUGAGAUGAUGGCCAGGGGCCUCAACCAAGACGAAGACGACGACUCGGCAACUUCAGCUUCAGAAGCAGAGGGUGAUGGCGUCUUUGCAGGUCGCCGACUGACCCGUCAACGUAUCCCGCUUAGCGGAGCCCUUUCACCAUCCACCUCCAUGGACUCCAUCAACGGUGGCUCACCGCAUCGGAUAAGAAGGAAUGACAGUACAGCCAAUGGCUUCUCGAAUGGUUCCAAUCAACCGCCAAAUAUCGCUUCUGCCACCUCCUUUACCAGCACUACCUACAACCUCCCUACUACGACAACAGUUCCACGAUCAUUCUUCGAUGACGGAUCGACGCCACCGCUCAGCUGGACUCUACUAGUUUCUAAUAUGAAGGGUGCCAUUGACCGGUACCGAGACGCCAUUGCCGCGAACAAUCGUCCAGAUUAUGUCGCUCGCGCCGAAGAUAUUUCAGAUCAUCUGCGAUUGCUGCUUGCCGCGGGCUCUGGCACUACCGACAAUCACUCUGGUCAGCCGUCCAUCAUAUCCACCAACAAAGCGCUCUACCCACACUUCCGCGACAUGAUGUCCAAGUUUUCCAAGCUAGUCAUCUCGUCGCACAUUGCCGCGGCAGACUGGCCCAAUGCCGAAUCAGUCCAGAAGUGUAUACAGGAAGCGGACGGUGUUCUUCUGGGUGUGUACAGCUAUGUCGAGGUCGCGCGACAGCAGCGCGGUGAAGAGAUACCAAGACUAUUCCCUGGCUUUGCGCUUGGUAGCACUGCGGGUGGCAGUUGGCAAAAUAACGGCCUUGGGCCUCGCGACCCCAUAACUGCAAACUUCCUCGAGGAUGACGAGGGUGCUGUCGAGCCGACAGCCGUCCUGGAUGGCAAAUUUCUUGAGCGUCUGGACGAGAUGAAGCGCAUGCUGACAGCAAGUCUGCGUGACCUCGACAAAACGCUCGCCAAGCCAGAGAAUAUCGUCUCCGCUUAUCGACAUGAGGUCAUUAGCAACAAUAUUUGCUUGGCCGGCGGCAAGGUCAUUGAAUUGUUUCGACCUUGGAUUGCUACCGUUGAGUCUGCCAACCUUUCCUCCCUGACCGAGAACUCCCAGUCCGCCCAGCUCGCAGAGUUGAGCAAAUCCAAGCAGAGCUUGUAUGAUACUAUUGCCGACCUACUGUUAGCCUGUCAGGCCGUUGCUGGCCCUUUGGCUGAUGAGUGGUCAGAGAUCCGGGGAGAAGCCCUGGAGAAUAGACUCGAUAUGGUGCAAACAUGUGGCAGAGUGCUUGAUACCAACACAUCACACGUUGCCCACUUAUUACAGCAGCUGUCGGAGCAGAUGCAAACGAAUACGCGACUGCAACCGCUCAAGAAGCAAGAAUCGCGGUCGCGGGACCUAGUCCCUCCGGCACCGCUGCAGCGUGGUGAGUCGAUGCCGUACGAGCGCCCUCACCAACGAUCUGAGUCGAAAACGGCCCCUGUCCGACCUCCUCUCACCACCACGCAAUCCUUCACCGAGGGCGAACCGCCGCCUGGCACUUUGCGAAAGGGAGACUAUUCCAAAGUCAAAAAGAUUUUCGGCGAAGACCCGUCACCACAGGGUAUGCAGGCAGACGAUACCCCUGCCUUUUUGCGUCUUGAUCACGAAAACGAUGUUUCAUGGGAUACAAAGUCUGCUCAACCCGCUGUCAGGGGCGGCUCUCUGCUGGCGCUUGUCGAACAGCUCACACGUCACGAUAAGCUUGAUUCGUCCUUUAAUAACACCUUUCUCCUCACAUACAAGUCUUUUACGACGGCACGAGAGUUGUUCGAGCUGCUAGUAAAGCGUUUUGCCAUUCAACCUCCUGAAGGGCUUUCGCAAGCGGAUUUUGAGACGUGGCGUGAUAGAAAGCAAAAACUUAUUCGGUUUCGUGUGGUCAACAUACUUAAGAACUGGUUUGAUAGUUUCUGGAUGGAAGAGUACAACGACGAGUCUAAGCAGUUGAUCCGAGACGUGUAUGACUUUGCUAGAGACACGGUCGGCUCUACCGAAACGCCAGGCGCAAAGCCGCUGAUGACCAUGCUCAAUCAAAGACUCAGCGGCACAGACGCAAACCCCAGGCGUAUGAUUCAGACUCUCAAUCAGAGCACGCCGUCACCGAUCAUGCCCAAGAACAUGAAGAAGCUAAAGUUUGGAGACAUUGACGUGACCGAAUUCGCUCGUCAGCUCACUAUCAUCGAGUCGAGACUUUACGGCAAAAUUAAAGCGACUGAGUGUCUGAACAAGACCUGGCAGAAGAAGAUUGGCGAGGGCGAGGCCGAGCCUGCGCCCAACGUCAAGGCACUGAUUCUGCACUCUAAUCAAAUGACCAACUGGGUGGCAGAAAUGAUUUUGGCGCAACAGGACGUCAAGAAGCGAGUCGUGGUGGUGAAGCAUUUUGUCGCAGUCGCCGACAAAUGCCGGACACUGAACAACUUUUCUACGCUGACGUCCAUCAUCUCGGCGCUCGGCACGGCGCCGAUUGCGCGUCUCAAGCGAACAUGGGACCAAGUACCGCAGCGGACGCAUGCGGUGCUGGAAACGAUGCGCAAGCUGAUGGCGAGCACGAAAAACUUUGGCGAGUAUCGCGAGGCUCUACAUGCGGCGAACCCGCCUUGCAUUCCGUUUUUCGGCGUCUACUUGACCGACUUGACCUUUAUCGAGGAUGGCAUCCCGUCGAUCAUCAAGAAGACCAAUUUGAUCAAUUUUGCGAAGCGGGCAAAGACGGCCGAGGUGAUUCGCGACAUUCAGCAGUAUCAGAACGUGGGAUACUCGCUGCAGCCGGUGCCGGAGCUGCAUGACUACAUCCUCAGUAAUAUGCAAGCGGCGGGCGACGUGCACGAAAUGUACGACAAGAGUUUGCAGAUUGAGCCACGCGAGCGCGAGGAAGAAAAAAUCGUGAGAGUGCUGGCUGAGUCUGGAUUCCUGUGA